GGAGUUUGGGAAAAGUUACUUAGGUAAAAGGCGUUGUGCUUGACCGCCUGAGGGCGGUUUGUGAACUUACAUUUUGCGAUUUUGUGUUUUAUUGUCAUCAAAAAUACAAUUGCGUACUUAACACUUUUAACUUGACACCCGUAGUAUUAACAAUUUCACGCCUAAGUCUUGUACCACCUAACUGUACGUAACACCCUUCAACUAUACAUAUUGUGCAUAGAGCACAUAAAUCUUGUAUCGCCUACCACACUGUGCGUAUCAGACCUUAAUCUUGUCUCCCACACCAUGCUGUACGUAACACACUUCCGCGUCAUCUACCGUACUGUGCGUAACAUAGUUCAAUAUUGCGUCGCAUGUCACACUAUACGUGUCACUGUAUAACUCCUCUUUUACAAGGCUUCAGUUACAGAGCUACAAGUAUCAAAGAUGGUAGUAAAAAUAUUACUAAUAAAAGGUGUGUCGGUUGAACACAAACUUUGUCCUCCUUCGUCGACCUGGGUGAAGUAACACUGCACGCAAUCAUUUCUUGUCAGAGCCAGCACAGCAAGUCUUUCAUUUGCAGCUACACCAACGGGUCAACGCAUGCCCUCUGAGGAAACGUAGCUAGGCAAUGCCAAUGUAUAUAUAAUGUAUUCAGAGCACAGGUCUCACAUUAAUAACAGCGCUUCCAACACUAAAGUGGCUAUCAUGUAUGAGCAUUCAGAAUACUUUACACCUUCUAAAGCUUCAUUAUUUCAAAGGAGUCCUUGUCUCCCUCAUCAUUUGAAAGCUAAUGAUUAAUACCUGCAAAACUUAUUUUACAGCCUUGUCUCCAGACCUUCUUACGAAAUUACUUAUCCUAUUAUGAAAGCAAAACUUAGAACGAGGUUAAUUCUCAUUUCAUAUGCAAAGAUAAAUAUAAAUGCAAUAUAGCAAUACGCUUUCUACUUCCAUAGAAUAACCAAAUUGUUAGAAUGGCGUAGCAAGCAGCCUAAAGUUUCACGCAAUCUUUAUUAAAAGUUAUCGCGAUACGUGCUAGAGCCUGCAGAGCAUAUCAAUUAAAACCAGGAAACAAAGAAAAUACAUUGGUUAAUGUAUCAACCAAUGACGUGUUUGCGUGGGAUCUUUUCAGUCAAUGGAAAGUUUCAUUUAAAUUUUAUGUUCUUCGCCAAUCAUCACUGCAUACUUAAGAAUGAAGCCGCAAAUCUGAAACUGUUGUGAAACAGACGAACUUGUGACGUACACAAGAGGCGACGUCUAUACCACGUGUUAAACGAAUAAAAAUAAUAUGUGUAUAUUACGUGAUCUAAUCAACUCAUUUGCAUCCACUGAAACUUCAUUAAAUAGAUUUUGACGUAUACUUUGAAAAACAAUUUGUUCUCUUAAACAAAAGAGUAUUAUUCAAUUAAGCAAUUUAAAAAUAGUUAAAAAAUUAAAUAAAUAUAAGACUUAACAAAUAUUAAUAUAAGUGAAACAGAAGGUGAAAAUAUUCUAUUUAAAGUAAUAUCAAGGCAUAAUUCAAAGUUGAUGUACAAACUUGUAGUGUUUUCUUUCUUCGAAGAAAAAAAGAGAAAAAAAAGGGUCUCCUUAAUAUAACAAUAAUUCAUUCAAAUAUUAAAUUAAAAUAUAUGGAAAUGAAAUAAAGAAAAUUAAAAGAUUUGACUGGAGUGUAAAAAAAGAGAGUUUGGAAUAAAAUAUAAUCUAAAAGUAAGAGGAAGAAGAAGUGAAAGAAAAAAAAUUGAAGACAAGCAGAAAAGACAUGGAACUUCCUUCACAUGAAUGUUAUUUGGCUGCAAAAUACAAGCGUCGGUUUUUCAAAGUGAAACCAUGGACUUCAGAUGAAUCACUAGCGCAAGAUGGAAAAGAAUCGCGGAAAAGUUUAAAUGGAAGUUCUAGUUCUUUAAGAACAAGUCCCUUGAUGUCAAGAACAGAUUUAGACAAAUGUGAUUUUAUUAUUCCAAAAACCCAAAUACUUCAAAAGCAAAUCAGUAUCCACCACAAAGAUACUGCAAGCUUAGGAGCUCUGGAUGUAACACAAUAUUUAAGUAACGAAGAAGCUCAGGAACUAAAAGAAGGUGGUCUGAAACUGGGAGAAGUCAAGUUUUGUUUAGCGUAUGACGAAGUUGAAGAAAAGUUGAAGAUUAUAUUAAAGUCUGUUGAUGUUUGUUUGAAACCUAGUGCUUCAGUGCUUGGUAGUAACUGGGUGUGUGAUACCAUAACACAGGUCGAUAUAUUAAGCGAUAAAAAGAAACCAAUAGAAUUAACGCUUGGGACAACGAGUUUAUUGGAUAUUAAAAAAAACGAUGUAACCGAGAAAACGUUACGUUUGUCGAUAUAUGAUAGUAGACGGAAGCACAGCAAGAUACCAAUUGGCCACGCUCUGUUACCGCUGCGAGAAGUAUCAAAUAUAGAUCGAUUGAAUAUACACUCAAAGAAAAUUACGUCGUAUUCACAGCCAGCGGGAUUUAAUAAAGGUAACCUUGUUGUCUCUCUUUCUUGGAUAUCAACUGCAAAAAGACUAGAAAUAAAAGUUGGGCAAGCAAGUAAUUUAAAAAGUCCACAUGGUGUAGAUGGAAAAGAUCAUUUCGUCAAAAUCACAGUUUUCAUUUCUGGCAAUAAACAUAAAUCAUAUAAAACACCGUUAGUGAAGGCUACGCCUGAGUUGAAAUUCCGCGAAAAGUUUACUGUACCUCUGACGUCAUCACAGCUGAAAGAAACUUCGUUAGUUUUUCAAUUAUAUAUGAAACAUACUAGCAAGAAAAUGAUAAUAACAAAAACACUGACCGGAAAGACUGUCAUCGGCCCGUACAUGAAGCACGCCGACCGGUCUCUUUCGCAAUGGGAGAAACUUUUCACGAAUCCAGUAGAAGAAUUAAUGGAGACCCACACACUUUUCUUAUAACGAACAACUUGCUCUUAGUCGCAGACGUCUUGUUAAAUCCUUCCUUCUGUCUCACUGCUCAUGUUUACCUUGUGGACAAGGAGUUGGUGCAACCUCGUUUCCAGGUUUCCUUGUAUUCUGGUGUAUCCUGGGAACAGGAUUGGAGUUGGUCUAUCAAGCUACUUAGUUCUGAAUUUCAAAAGUUAAUUAUUUAUUUGUAAAUAUAUAUUUAUUUAUUUACGGUUACACAAAUAUUUAUGCUUACACAAAUGUUAACCUCUUGUAGAUAAAAACACAAAUGCAGGCCAUUUGAAUAAAGACUCAAAUUUAA